CUAUCAGAGAUUUCAGUCAUUUGUCGUUAGUCGGAGAAUGAAGAUUCGCCUCUUGGGUGCGCUGCUGAGAACGUGAAACCUCCCAGUCAGUGUCUAUCUGUCGACUAGGUCUACCAGUCAGUCUGUUCCACAGUGCUGUAUUUCCGGUUCAGUGCAAUAUCUAGGUAGAUGAAACCCCAGUCGCCCCAUACUUUUGCAGCGUGACCGCCGAAAGCUCCGAGGAAAAUUGGCACGGUUCGUUGGGUUCAAAUCUGCUCAGAUAAUCGACGCGAAAGCUGUUCUCUCGAUCACCUCGGGCGCGCGAAAGGUGUUCGGUGCUUUGUGAGCUGCCGCAGUUGAUGUAAUCAAAUAAUCCAUCCAAAAUGCACGGAGGAUUUGAUCCAGACAAGAACGACUCCGUUUCCCUGCGAGACAAGGUCACCUUGGACAGAAGUGAAAAAUGGCGAAUUUUGAAGAAUAUCACCACGGUAUCGUUCGCUUUCAUGGUGCAGUUUACUGCCUUCCAGGGAACUGCUAACCUGCAGUCAUCGAUCAACGCCAAGGAUGGCUUGGGAACGGUGUCACUUAGUGCGAUCUACGCCGCCCUGGUGGUGUCCUGCAUAUUCCUUCCCACAUUGGUGAUUAGGAAACUAACGGCCAAAUGGACUCUCUGUGUGAGCAUGCUGUGCUAUGCUCCGUACAUUGCUGCUCAGUUCUAUCCCACGUUCUACACGUUGGUACCGGCCGGGAUAUUGGUCGGUCUGGGUGCAGCGCCCAUGUGGGCCAGUAAAGCUACAUACUUGACCCAGUUGGGUCAGGUCUACGCCAAGCUGACGGAACAAUCGGUGGAGGCAAUCAUCGUACGGUUCUUCGGAUUCUUCUUCCUGGCCUGGCAAACCGCUGAAUUGUGGGGAAACCUGAUUUCCAGCCUGGUGCUGUCCAGCGGAGCUCACGGAGGUGGUUCGGUACAUUCCGACAAUGAAACCUCGAUGGGAGAUUUGGCAUUGGCCAAGUGUGGUGCCAAUUUCUGCGUAGUGGAAACCGACGACAACGCCAACCUUCAACGACCGCCAGAUAAUGAAAUUUUCGAAAUCUCAGCCAUCUAUUUGUCCUGUAUCAUUGCUGCUGUUGUGAUCAUUGCAUUGUUCAUGGAUCCGCUUUCACGAUAUGGUGAGAAGCGCCGUGGUUCAAUCUCCGCUAUUGAAGUUUCCGGAGUACAGCUUCUGUCGGCUACGUUUAAGCAGCUCAAGAAGGUCAACCAGCAGCUUCUGAUUUUGAUUACCGUUUUCAUCGGUAUGGAACAAGCCUUCAUCGGUGCCGAGUUCACCCAGGCUUACGUGUCGUGUGCUCUGGGAAUUCACCAGAUCGGAUACGUCAUGAUCUGCUUCGGAGUGGUCAACGCUAUCUGUUCCAUUAUCUUUGGAUCGAUCAUGAAGUAUAUCGGACGUAUUCCGAUUAUUCUACUGGGUGCUCUCGUCCAUGGUGGAGUCAUCAUCUAUUGUUUGUUCUGGAAGCCGCAUCCAGAUCACGCGUUGGUCUUCUUCGCCAUUUCUGGAUUGUGGGGAGUUGGAGAUGCCGUAUGGCAAACUCAAAUCAAUGGUAUCUACGGAGCUCUGUUCCGACGAAACAAGGAAGCCGCCUUCUCCAACUACCGACUGUGGGAAUCGGCUGGAUUUGUGAUUGCUUACGCCUACUCUACCCAACUGUGCGCACGGAUGAAGCUCUACAUCCUGUUCGCAGUUUUGGCCCUCGGAAUGGUUGGAUAUGCCAUUGUAGAAAUCCGACACCUAAAUAAGGAACGUCGCCUCAAGAAGCUGGAGGACACACCAAAGCAGCAGCAGACCGAAGCCGAGCGCAAAGAGAUCGAGGAAGACGACGAGAAGGAUGAGCUCGAAGAGGACAUUGUUGUUACGCAUCUGUAGUUACCAUGUUCACCAUGAAUCUUAAUACGCCGCAGUGUUUUAUUUUUGUGUAAUUUGAUGCUUCCGUAGAAGCAUUGUUGAAUGAUUCCUAUCUAGAAUUAACGAGUUCUUAUUUAAAGACAACACAAAAGUUUUAAAUGGAUUGCACUUCAUAGUUGAAAAGUCGAUCAUUUCAUUCUUACGUCGACCUAGAUCAUUCUACUUUCUCCUGAAACAUUAUCUUUUGUAAAUUAAUUUCACUUCCAAAUAUUGGACAUUGCACAUUACACAAUUCCUCCACUCCCAAAACUUUUCAAACGGCUGUAAACGCACUGUAAAAACGUUCAUUCAUUAAAUAGCACCGCCGCAGCUGCUUUUCAAAAUGAGGAAUUCAUUGCUAACAGGUAACACAGAUAGAUCUCAUUGAAGCAGGUUUCCUUUGUUGCAUAAACCAAAUUGUGUGACUAAACUUAGAACAGUAGGUGAUUUGAAGCCGAAAUCUUACAAAUUAUUGUAAGCCCAGAUUGCCAACGAUGUUAUUACUUUAGGUAAACAUGUAAAUAAAAGUAGCUCUGUACACGAAAA